UUAUUGUCUCUCAUGUGGUGGUCUUCAACGGAGGAGAAAAAUCUUAAGCAGUGGUCUCUUGUGUUGCGACUAUUUCCAACAGGUUUAACUAAAUUUAUUUUCUUUUAAAAUUUCCCUUUAUAUUGUAGCUUUUUAAAUUUUCCCAAUUUUAUUAGAAAAUCUUACAAUUGAAUCUAGGGUUUAGAAUUGUUCAAAACAAAACCUAGGUUUUAGACAGAAAUUAUUGGUUUUCGCUUCAGUGGAUGUGAAAUGCUGCAUAAUUGAGCAAUUUAGUUCGUGGGUAUUAUUAAAUGUGAAUCUUGGUGCUGUUUUGUUGAGAUGGGUAGUGUGGAAAUACCCAAAUGGCUUAAAGAUUUGCCUUUGGCACCUGAGUUUUACCCUACUGAUACUGAAUUUGCCGACCCAAUUGCGUAUAUAUCGAAAAUCGAGAAAAAGGCUAGUGCUUAUGGUAUCUGUAAGAUUAUACCACCCUUGCCCAAACCUUCUAAAAGAUAUGUUUUUGCUAACUUGAAUAAGUCUCUUUCCAAGUGCCCGGAAUUGGGCGGUGGGGUAACUUUGUCGAAUGGUUCUUUCUCGUCGAAAACGUGUUUAGGGGAUGGUGGUAAUGAUGGAGAGAAUCGAGCUGUGUUUACGACUAGGCAUCAGGAGUUAGGCCAGGAUGUAAAGAAAAUAAAAGGGGUUGCCAAGGAGAGUCAACAAUUGGGUGUACAUAAGCAAGUUUGGCAGAGUGGAGAAAUUUAUACGUUGGAUCAGUUUGAAUCCAAGUCGAAAGCUUUUGCUAAAAGUAUGUUGGGUUCGAUUAAGGAUGUUAAUCCACUGGUUAUAGAGACGUUAUUUUGGAAGGCGGCAUCUGAGAAGCCUAUUGUUGUGGAGUAUGCAAAUGAUGUACCUGGUUCAGGUUUUGGGGAGCCAGAGGGUCAGUUUCGGUACUUUCAUAAACGUAGGAGGAAGAGGGCAUCAUACAAGUCUUAUAGAAGGAAUUCAAGAACUUCUGAUUACAAAGAAACUGAAGUAGAUAAUGGAAAUAUUUCCUGUAAUGAAGAAAUGAGGGAUGCUGAUAAUAAGGAUGACCCGAGUAUGCAUUCAGAGACAGUAUCAAGAUCAUCAAUGGCCUCAGCUUCAUUUUCAGAUGAAACCUUAAAUGAUUCUAAGCGAAAUAGUGUAGAUGUUAGUAAUGAUAUGAAAGGAACUGCGGGCUGGAAGCUUUCAAACAGCCCUUGGAAUCUGCAAGUAAUUGCUCGCUCAGCUGGCUCACUUACACGUUUCAUGCCUGAUGAUAUCCCUGGUGUUACUAGCCCUAUGGUGUAUAUUGGUAUGAUGUUCAGUUGGUUUGCUUGGCAUGUCGAAGAUCAUGAGCUUCACAGCAUGAAUUUUCUUCAUACUGGCUCUGGAAAGACUUGGUAUGCUGUCCCUGGAGAUUAUGCAUUUGCUUUUGAGGAUGUUAUUCGUACCAAAGCUUAUGGUGGAAGUAUUGAUCGCUUAGCUACUCUGACAUUGUUGGGUGAGAAGACAACUCUAUUGUCCCCUGAGUUGCUUGUUUCAUCCGCCAUUCCUUGUUGUAGGUUAGUGCAGAAUCCUGGUGAAUUUGUAGUGACAUUUCCAAGAGCAUACCACGUAGGAUUCAGUCAUGGUUUUAACUGUGGGGAAGCUGCUAAUUUUGGAACCCCGCAAUGGCUUAAAGUAGCUAAAGAAGCUGCAAUUCGCAGGGCGGCCAUGAAUUAUCUUCCCAUGCUUUCCCAUCAGCAGCUGCUAUACCUGUUGACUAUGUCUUUUGUUUCAAGAGUACCAAGAUCACUUUUACCAGGCGCUCGUAGUUCCCGGCUUAGAGACCGGCUUAAAGAAGAAAGGGAGUUGUCAGUGAAGAAAGCUUUUAUAGAAGAUAUGCUGAGAGAAAAGAACAUUUUAUCUGUUCUUCUCGAGAAAGAUCCCACUUACAAUCUAGUAUUAUGGAACCUUGAUUUGUUACCAUGUGCUAAUAAAGAUUCACAACUAUCCAAUAUUGCUGCUAGUACGACACAUGAAAUUGUUCCCCAAACUCAUUCUGAAGAUAAUAGGGAUGGUACUGGGAAUGAUCUUUUCAAGGAGAUGAGCUUGUAUAUGGAAAGUCUCAAUGAUCUAUAUCUAGAUGAUGAUGUAUCAUGUGAUUUUCAAGUUGAUUCAGGGACAUUAUCAUGUGUAGCUUGUGGUAUCCUUGGUUUUCCAUUUAUGUGUGUGGUGCAACCAUCUGAUAGAGCAUCCGUAGAACUUCUUCCCUCAGAUUAUCCUUUGGUUCAAGAUGGCUUUUCUAAGGGGUCUGUUUCAGCUCUACCAAUAUCUAGUGGGUGGAAUAAUUCUAGUAAGUUUCUGAGACCUCGGAUUUUCUGUCUCGAGCAUGGUCUCCAAAUUGAAGAACUGUUACAGUCUAAAGGUGGAGCAAGCAUGCUUAUUAUUUGCCAUUCAGACUAUCAGAAAAUAAAGGCUCAUUCUGCUGCCAUCAAGGAGGAAAUUGAUACUCCGUUCGAUUAUGAUGAGGUCCCAGUGGAAAGUGCAUCCGAGGAAGAUCUGAACUUGAUUUUUCUUGCAAUUGAUGAUGAAAACUGUGAGGAAUCUGGGGAAGACUGGACCUCAAAACUGGGUAUCAACUUAUGUCACUGUGUGAAGGUUAGAAAGAUCUCUUCAUCUAAUAAAGUUCAGCAUGCAUUAGCAUUGGGAGGGUUAUUUUCAAAUGAAACCAGAUCAGGUUUCUUAAGCAUCAAAUGGAAAUCCAGAAAAUCGAGGUCAAUGGUCAAGUUAAAUAGGUCUUCUCUUGGUAAAUCAUCUAACAGAGUUGAAGCAAAUAAAGAUGAUGUAUCAGGGAAGAUGUCGGGUAACGUCAUUGUUAACAAAGAAGAAAAACUGAUACAAUAUACGAGAAGGAAGUAUAAGGUGAAAAUAGAUUGUUCUGCUGCUUGGGAUCAUGACUUUUCUAGGAAGCAUGCCGUGGAAGAAGUUUCAGUUGCUAGCUGUGAAGAUCUUGAUAAGCAUGCAGGAAAAGUAUCUAAGCUUAAUCCUUGUAGUGUUGGGAUUAGUGGAAGCAAUAUUGGACUAUCUGGAGUGCUUCAUGACGUCCAGGUGCUUGAAGCAGCUGAAGACAUGAGAUUGGAUUCUGCUCCUUUACGUGUUACAGGUUCACUACUAACUGCUAAUCCAGCUGUUGCAAGUGAGAAUCAAAUUUCGCAACUUUCAUAUGAGCAUGAUAAUCUGUGUGAUGUUUUAGCCAGUGAUGGUAUUGAGAUACCACAUGGAAUGGUCAAUGGAGGAAUCAGUGCUAAUGAGGAUUUGAAUCCCUCAAAAUUUUCUGUCAUCACUGCAGCUGAUGAAAUAUCUAAAAUGCAAGGAAAAAACCGUAGAACAACUAUGGAUUCUGAUCCUGCUAAUUCAACUCGGGUGGUUGUAAUGAAUAAUGACAAUCAAUGCAUACCACUUAGUGAUGCACCAAGAAAUCAGCUCACUGUCUCACUGGAAGAAGGCAUUGAAUGUCUACAGGAGACCUGCACAAUCGAAGAUAAUGCUCAACGUGAAGUUGAGAGUACUAGUGCCAGCAGUGAUGAACUCUUUCUAAGUAAUGUUAGAAUGAUAUAUGACCAAAAUCAUGUCUAUGUGGAAGAAAAUUCUGAGUUUCAACGACAGCCUUCUGUUGCAGCCACUUUGUGCAAUGCGAUUAUUGAGAAAGGAAUGCAUCAGGAAAUUCAGAUAUCAAAUGAAAACAACAAAGAACAUGUCAUGUGUUCUAUCACACAAGUAGAAAUAGAUCAGCCUACCUCUUUAUCAAGGGAAGGACUUUCUAAAACUGUUGAAGGUAUAUCAGCUGAAGAAGACUUGUGCACUGGGUCAACUUUAGACUCGGAGACUCUGUUAAGUGCCAACAGAAGCAAAGCGGAGGAGGAAACUAUCCUUAGAUCUACCACUCAAAUACCAGAUCCAGCUGUUACAGUUACUAUUGGAAAAAACUCUGAAGUUGCACAAGGAAGCCAUGCUUCUGAAGAUUUGUCUGUCGACAUGAAUUUACAAAUUAAAGUGCAGGAGGAAAUUCACUUGGAUGAUGUGGAGUAUAGAGAUGAAGAGCAGGAGAUACAACAGACUGCAUGCGUAACUACUGAGGAGGAACUUAUUUCAAGCCAUGUGACGCGCGUAAGCCAGCAAAAUCCUGUUUUGAAUAAAACAUGUUCUGGAACUGAAGUCGAAUCAUGUAGUACUGGAAAUGUGCACAAGGGCAUAGAAGAUUGUUCGUCACAUGAGAUGGAAAGCAUUGAAUCUGCCGUGGUGGAUCCUAGAUCAACCGUUGGAAAAGGCAAAAAGAGGAGGAAUGAAUUGGAGCAGCUAGCAGACAUUUUAUUUGACAGCAACGGCUUUAUAAAAAGUCCAUGUGAAGGGUUGAGAUCAAGGGCUGGAAAAGACACAAUAUCUAGAAGUGAGGUUGAUACAAGAAAAAUGCAGGAGAAUCCGGUAACAAAGAAAGCCAGGAAAUCUUGUGAAGUUUCAGUUGCUAGAACAAAAAAGAAUGAAAUAGCAAAGAGAAGUCACAAGUGUGACCUAGAAGGUUGUCCAAUGAGUUUUGAGACGAAAGCAGAGCUUCAGCUGCACAAGCGCAACCGAUGCCCAUAUGAAGGGUGUAGGAAGAGGUUCAGUUCCCACAGAUAUGCAAUUAUUCAUCAACGUGUUCACGAAGAUGAUCGGCCCCUAAAGUGCCCAUGGAAAGGCUGCGUCAUGUCAUUCAAAUGGGCAUGGGCUAGAACUGAGCAUGUAAGGGUGCAUACGGGAGAGAAGCCGUAUACGUGCAAGGUGGAAGGAUGUGGCCGCUCUUUCAGGUUUGUAUCAGACUUUAGCCGGCAUAGGAGAAAAACAGGACACUAUGUGAAUACACCAGCCUGAGGAUUCGUCUUCUGUUCCGGCUGGUUUUUUUUAAUGCUGUGUGGAAAUAGGGAAUGGUUUUUGAAGGUUGAAGAGGCCUGCGAAAUCAUGUAUAAAUUGGAAUGUUCCCAGUAGAUGUAGGUUAGAGUUAGACAUGCAUUUGUAGGUGGCAUUCUCCAAUUAUUUGAAUGCAAUGAUAGUUGAAAAGCCUUCAUUUU